CAGAACACACACUCGGCCGUGGUGCGAUCAACAGUGAAAACAAUAUUGUGUUUUUACAUCAUCUUCGUGCCGUGCCGGACUUGACACGAUUUUCCAAAAAAAUCGAGAAAAUUCCGGGAAAAAACGUUCAAAUUUUUGUUUUGUUUGCGAAAGUUUUCACCGUCGUUCGGUUCGAUAUGAUCGGCAAACCUCCGUCGGCCGCUGCUCCGUGGGCUUAACAACGCGUUUGUAACAACUCAUACCGGACCCGUAUAAUAAUAUAUAGGUGCAAUCCGACAGAGGGCGCUUGUCGUUUCGGUCGUCCGGCCGUAGUGCGGUCCGACAACAGCGGUUGUUGUUUUUUCUAUAUAUAUAUAUAUUUUUUUUAUUUGAAUAAACCGGUAUGUCGGUGGCGGUGGCGGCGGCGGCGGCCGAACCGGACGGAUACGUUGACGGCGGCGGCGGCGGCAGUCAGGAGGACGACAUGGGAGCCGCCGAACGGGACUUGGCCGAGGACGCGCGCUGGAAGCUCAUCCAGCAGAACACGUUCACGCGAUGGGCCAACGAGCACCUGAAAACCGCGGACAAGUCCAUCGGCAACCUGGAAACGGACCUGAGCGACGGGCUCAGGCUGAUCACGCUGAUCGAGGUGCUCAGCGGCAAGCGGCUGCCCAAGCACAACAAGCGGCCCACGUUCCGGUCGCAGAAGCUGGAGAACGUGUCGGUGGCCCUCAAGUUUCUGGACGACGAGAACAUCAAGUUGGUCAACAUCGAUUCUUCUGACAUUGUCGAUUGCAAGUUGAAAUUAAUUUUGGGAUUAAUAUGGACGCUCAUUUUACAUUAUUCCAUAUCAAUGCCAAUGUGGGAAGGCGAAUUCGGCGAGCAGUCACCAAACGACAAGGGCCCGACGCCCAAACAAAGAUUGCUCAACUGGAUCCAGAGUAAAGUGCCCGAUUUGCCCAUAUCAAACUUCACCACGGAUUGGAACGACGGGAAAGCGGUUGGAGCUUUGGUCGACGCCGUCGCUCCUGGUCUGUGUCCGGAUUGGCCUAAUUGGAAAUCCGAGAACGCUCUGCAGAACGCAAAGGAAGCCAUGGGCUUGGCCGACGACUGGCUCGACGUCAAACAGCUAAUCAAACCCGAAGAGUUGGUCAGUCCCAACAUGGACGAACAGUCGAUGAUGACUUAUCUGUCUCAGUAUCCCAACGCCAAAUUGAAGCAAGGAGCGCCGCUCCGGGCGAAAAACAACCCAAGCCGUGUACGCGUUUACGGGCCCGGCAUCGAACCCACCGGUCAAACGGUCGGGGAAAAAACGAAUUUUACCAUAGAAACGUUUUCGGCAGGCAAAGGAAACGUGGACGUUAUCGUGGAGAACCCGAAAGGCAAACCGGAACCGGUGAACGUUGUGUUCAACAACGACCGCAGUCAGACCUAUACGGCCACUUACAAACCGGUGUUGGACGGACCACACAAGGUGCACGUUAAGUACUCCGGCGUGCAAACUCCAAAAUCGCCUUACCUCGUCAACGUGGAGUCGGCUGGCGGCGAUCCGACCAAAGUCAGAGUGUUCGGGCCGGGCGUUCAACCCGAAGGAGUGUCAGUGGGGAAACCGACUUAUUUCGAAAUACACACAAAAGACGCUGGCAAAGGAAUACCCGAAGUGUUAAUUUUGGAUCCGACCGGCCGCGAGAACACCGUCCAGGCAAAGUUGAAGAAAGAAGCCGAAGGCGUGUACAGGUGCGAUUACAUGGCUGUUGCCCAAGGAAUGCAUUCCGUCAACGUUUUCUUCUCCAAACAACCUGUGCCUCACAGCCCGUUCGCCGUUCUCACGACACUCGCUUCGGACGCCAAAAAAGUGAGAGCUUUCGGUCGAGGACUACAACCACACGGUGUCCGGGUCAAAGACGAAGCUAAGUUUAAAAUAGUGACCGAAGGAGCUGGCGAGGGCGUGCCCGAAGUGAACAUUAUCGGUCCAGGUGGAGUGAAGGAACCGGUGCAAAUGAAGAAAAUCGAUCAGCACACUUACGACGUGGCUUACUACCCGAGAAAAGUUGGACGGCACAUCGUUAUGAUAACGUUCGCCGGCCAAGAGAUUCCCAAGGCACCUUUCGAAGUGCACGUCAACCCCUACAAGGAGACGUCGAUCCGAGCUUAUGGCCCAGGUCUGACCGGCGGAGUGGUUUCGCAUCCGGCUAUGUUCACCGUGGAAACCAAUGGCGAAACUGGUUCCUUAGGAUUCAGCAUCGAAGGACCGUCUAAAGCUAAAAUCGAUUGCCACGACAACGGCGACGGAUCAGCCGACGUUAGGUACUACCCUACAGCACCUGGAGAAUAUGCCGUGCACAUCUUGUGUGACAAUGAGGACAUCCCCAACUCUCCCUACAUGGCCAACGUGAUACCCAGCACAGAUUUCUACCCAGACAAGGUCAACUGUUACGGUAACGGUCUUCAGCCAAACGGCGUCGUCCAAGGACACCCAGCAGAGUUCGUGGUGGACACAAAAAAAGCAGGAAAAGCUCCACUCGACGUUAAAGUUUUCGACUCUAACUGCAAUACAAUUGAGCCUAUUGUUAAAGACAACCGAGACGGGACUUACUCUUGUAAGUAUGUUCCUAAAAUGGACGGAAAACACACACUUCAGGUUAAUUAUGGAGGAGUAGCAGUGCCACAGAGUCCGUUCCGGGUGUUCGUGGCGCAACCGUUAAAUCCAAACAAAGUGCAAAUAUUCGGUCCUGGAAUUGAGCCCGGAGUCAAGGCUAACAAACCCAACCAUUUCACUAUCGAUUGCUCCGAAGCCGGCAUAGGCGAAUUGAACGUGAACCUCCUCAAUGAAAAAGGUGUGAACGUACCACUGCAAGUCAACGAUAACGAAGACGGUUCGUUCUUGAUAGACUACGUACCGCCUACUCCAGGGGUUUACAAUUUGAACUGCACAUACGGAGGAUCCAAAGUACCAAACUGUCCGAUUAAAAUCCCCGUCCAACCCCAAGUAGACUUGUCUAAAGUCAAAGUAGACGGCCUCGAACAGCUGGUGCCAAUGAACAGUCUCCAGCAAUUCCGGGUGAUGACUAGGGACGCCGGUAAAGCCGAGUUCGCCGUGAUAAUUACCAGCCCGUCCGGCGGCUCGGUGAAGGCGCACGUCGUGCCCUUUGAAGACGGUUACAAGGUGAGCUUCACACCGGCAGAGGUUGGCGAAUACCGACUUAGCGUGACUCUGGGCGGCGAGACGGUGGGCCGAGCACCUUACCGUAUGCAAUGUGUACAGACCAGCGACCCUUCCAAAGUGUUCGCCUACGGUCCCGGACUCUCCGGGGGUAUGGUCAACCGACCGGCCGAGUUUACAAUCGACACCAAGAAAGCCGGUCAAGGAGGUCUCGGGGUCACCGUAGAAGGACCAUGCGAGGCGUCUAUCAACUGUCGCGACAACGGCGAUGGCACGUGCUCGGUUGCCUAUAUGCCAAGGGAAGUAGGCGACUACGUGAUAAACAUCACUUUCAACGAUUGUCUCAUACCCAAGGCGCCUUUCUUAGCCAUGAUCGGCGGUCAACCUCGGCCACAGAACAUCAAAGCUUCCGGCAACGGUCUGCUGCCCAACGGAGUCUUCUUGGAUUCACCGACUGAUUUCAUUGUUGACUCUCGAGGCGCUACCAAAGUCGGACAAGGAGUCGUAACGUGCACAGUGACCAAUCCAUCUGGCACCAGGACAGAGACUUUCAUCGCUCCUCAGGGCGACGGCACUUACAGAAUAAGUUACACUCCGUUCGAAGAAGGACAACACACUGUUGAAAUAUUUUACGAUGGAAUGCCGAUUGUGGGGUCUCCGUUUUCCGUUAACGUUAAACGUGGCACGGAUGCGAGCAAGUGCAGAGCUUACGGUCCAGGUCUGUCCAAGGCGGUGUUAAACAAAGUGAACGCGUUUACUGUGGAAACUAAAGGAGCUGGAACUGGAAGUUUGGGAUUGGCUAUUGAAGGCCCGUCUGAGGCCAAGAUGACGUGCAAAGACAACAGGGACGGAUCUUGUUCGGUGGAGUACACGCCCACCGAACCCGGUGAAUAUGAUGUGAGCAUACAAUUUGCGGAAAAGCACAUUCCGGGAUCACCGUUUAAGGUCGGGGUAGAUCGUGCAGCCAACGCGAAUAACAUAGUCGUAUCCGGACACGGUUUGAAUCCGAAAUACUGCAGAGAUGAUACGCCGGCAACGUUUAAAAUUGAUGCUACCAGAGCGGCAAAAGGCAACUUCGAUGUCAAAAUGACUACUGACAGAGGACCAUUGCAGCAGAAACCUCUGAUUCGCGACAACGGUGACGGAACAUAUGAAGUCAACUUCACUCCCAACCACGAAGGUGCUCUACUCACAGCUAACGUAUUAUACAACGGAAGUCACGUCCCGAACAGCCCGUUCAAAGUUAGAGUACGACCAAAGUUCGAGUUGGACAAGGUGAAAAUCGAAGGACCCGGAGUGUCGGAUUCCAGAGGAGUCAAGGCGUCGAUUCCCACGUACUUUGUGGUGGACGCCACUGAAGCGGGAACAGGCAAACUGGACGUUAGGAUUGUGGGACCGGACGGCUAUCCGAGAAAUGUGGACGUGGACAAAGUCGAUCAGAAUUUGUACAAAAUCAAAUAUACACCCGACGAUUGUGGUAGUUACUCAAUAGAAGCCUUGUACGGAGGCACCCAACUACCCAACACUCCCAUAAACGUGCAAUGUUAUCCCACUGGAAAUGCGAGCAAUUGUCGAAUCAUCGGAGCUAUCGAUGGCCGAGUAACGGUCGGUAGAUACAAUAGUAUCAAUGUAAACGCGAGAAACUGUGGUGAAGGAAACGUCACCUGUCGCAUCAAACCGGUGGACGGAGAUCUUUAUGAAAACGUGGAAGUAGUCCCUAGAAACGACGGCACUUACACGGUUAGCUAUUUGCUCAAAGUGCCGGGACAGUACAUGUUGAGUCUGAAGUACGGAGGGCAACCGGUGCAAGAAGGAGUUUACACAUUUAUGGCGACUUUGGAAGAACCGGCCGUGACGAAACGAUUGCCCAGAGACUUUGCGGAGCAUCUGCGCAUCGACGAACAAAUCCAACGAACGAGCACAGUCACUACCACUGAAUAUAGGCCGGUGGUUUUAGACAAGAUACCGGUGCCGACUAGCAGAGGAAAUUUGACGGCCGAUAUAAAAAUGCCGAGCGGUAAAAUCGACAAGCCUUUCGUGGAGGACAACCACGACGGUACGGUGUCGCUUAAGUACGGUCCGAAAGAGGAAGGAUUGCACGAGCUGUACGUCAAAUACAACGGCGAAAACGUCCAAGGUUCACCGUUCAAAUUCCACGUAGACUCCAUAACCAGCGGACACAUCACGGCAUACGGCCCGGGACUCACUCACGGCGUUAGCGGAGAACCUUCAAACUUCACCAUCUACACCAAGGGUUCGGGAGCCGGUGGUCUUUCGUUAGCCGUCGAGGGUCCCAGCAAGGCCGACAUCAGUUGCCACGACAACAAAGACGGUACCGUGUCGGUGACUUACUUGCCGACGGCGCCCGGAGAAUACCGGAUAUCCGUCAAGUUCGGCGACAAGCACAUCAAAGGAAGUCCGUACGCGUCCAAAGUCACCGGCGAAGGUCGCAAAAGAAAUCAAAUUUCAGUGGGAUCGUGCAGCGAAGUUUCUCUUCCUGGCAAAGUGCUCGACAAGGACUUCCGUUUGCUGAACGCUUCUAUCCAAGCGCCAAGCGGUCUGGAGGAGCCUUGCUUCUUGAAACGGUUACCUAACGGAAAUCUAGGAAUAUCGUUCACUCCCCGAGAAAUUGGUCCACACGUGGUAUCGGUAAAGAAGAUGGGUCAGCACAUUGUCAAUUCGCCGUUUAAAAUAACCGUGGGCGAGAGAGAAGUGGGCGACGCCAAGAAGGUGAUCGUCUCUGGAAACGGGCUGAAAGAAGGCAAGACCCACGCGGAGAACUUGUUCACCGUGGACACUAGAAGUGCCGGUUACGGCGGUCUGUCUCUGUCCAUCGAAGGACCGAGUAAAGCUGAAAUCCAGUGCAAGGACAAAGAAGACGGCACGCUGAACAUAUCGUACAGGCCCACGGAACCGGGUUAUUAUAUCGUCAAUCUGAAAUUCGCCGACCACCACGUGGUGGGUUCGCCGUACACCGUUAAAGUGACCGGCGAGGGAAGCAAUUGUCAGCGUGAGAAGAUCGAACGGAGGCGGGACGCCGUCCCCCAGACCGAAGUGGGCAGCAAAUGCAAGCUUACGUUUAAAAUGCCAGGUGUACUUCCAUUUGACUUGUCGUCGACGGUGACUUCGCCCGGUGGCAUCACGGAAGACGCCGAGGUCAACGAAAUCGAAGACGGUCUGUUCGCCGUGCAUUUUGUGCCCAAAGAGUUGGGCGUUCACACCGUGUCGGUCCGGUACAAGGAAAUCCACAUACCCGGGUCACCGUUCCAGUUCACCGUAGGUCCUCUGAGCGACGGCGGAGCUCACCGUGUGCACGCCGGCGGCUCUGGUCUGGAACGCGGAGAACAAGGUCAACCCUGCGAGUUCAACGUGUGGACAAGAGAGGCCGGUCCGGGUUCGCUAGCCAUAUCGGUCGAGGGUCCCAGCAAGGCGGAAAUCGAUUUCAAAGACCGCAAGGACGGCUCGUGCUACGUCAGCUACACCGUCAGCGAACCGGGCGAAUACCGCGUGGGCAUUAAGUUCAACGACCAACACAUACCUGACUCGCCGUACAAACUGUUCAUGUCGCCGGCUCAGGGAGACGCUCACAAGCUGGAAAUUGCUCAAUUCCCCACUACUGGCGUGACAGCUGAUUAUCCUGCACAGUUCCUCGUUCGCAAGAACGAUGCGAUCGGUGUGUUGGACGCCAAAGUGUUGGCGCCUUCUGGUUCGGAGGACGACUGUUUCAUUCAGAACAUCGAUCAAGACAUGUACUCCGUUCGUUUCAUGCCCCGCGAGAACGGCGUGCACAACAUCCACGUCAAGUUCAACGGGGUUCACAUUCCAGGGUCACCGUUGCGCCUGAAAGUCGGCAAAGGAGAUGCCGACCCAGCUGCAGUGCACGCAAGCGGACCGGGCUUGGGCGACGUCAAGACAGGACACAAGACGGACUUUAUCGUGGACACGUGCAGUGCCGGCGCUGGCACGUUGGCCGUCACCAUCGACGGACCCAGCAAAGUGUCAAUGGACUGUACCGAAGUCGAAGAAGGAUACAAAGUUAGAUACACGCCGCUGGUGCCCGGAGACUACUACAUCAGUCUCAAGUACAACGGUUACCACAUUGUCGGUUCGCCGUUCAAAGUCCACUGUACCGGAGACGAUCUGGCGGAACGCGGUGCCCAAGAAACGAGUUCGGUGGUCGUGGAAACGGUGCACAAAGUGUCCAAAGGUGGAAAAGGCGGUGCCGGCGUCGUUCUGCCGCAUUUCAAGUCGAACGCUACCAAAGUGACCAGCAAGGGAAUGGGCCUGAAGAAAGCGUACUUGGGAAAACAAAAUCUGUUCACCAUUAACGCGUCCGACGCCGGUAACAACAUGCUGUUUGUGGGCAUUUACGGGCCGAAGGGACCUUGCGAGGAGAUAUUCAUCAAACACAUGAAACAAAACAACUACCAAGUGAGCUACAUAGUCCGAGACCGAGGCGAGUACAUCCUGUUGGUCAAGUGGGGCGACGAUCACAUACCCGGAUCGCCGUUUAAAAUCGAAGCUUAAACGUCUUAAUACCGUUUUGUUUUUUUUUCUCUCUUCGUCAAAAUAAAUCAACAAAAACCGACAUAAAAAAAAAAAUAUAUAUAUAUAUAUAUACAAA